GAAAUAUCUCGUCGACGACAAUUUAAAAUGGUAAAAGGCGGUCGCCGACGUUCUAAUGCCGAUAAGACGCCACAAGGCAAAAUUAAAAAGGCAGAAGACGCAGCUUAUGCUACCAAAGACGAUUCAGAGAAUAUAAAUUUAAGACAGGAGCACACAGAAUCUCCAAAGUUUAAUGUACUGAAAGAAUCUAAUCCACCCGAAGCUCGGAUUAUGUCUCCUGGUAGAGGUAAGAAGCAACUGACUGCAGAUGCGUUAGCAAUGACGGCUGCUACCACCGAUCUCGACCUUCUGGGUCGUACGUGUGAGAUUAAUAUUUAUGCUAGAAACGAUAACGGAAUUCAUGCAGAAGUCGCAGCCAACGGCCAUCCGCCAGAGGAAGAUGCCUCGUUCGUGGAUGCUGCGGAGAAAGACGCAGCGUCCGUGGAUGCGGCCGAGAAAGACGCAGCGUCCGUGGAUGCGGCCGAGAAAGACGCACCGUCCGUGGAUGCGGCCGAGAAAGACGCGCCUUCCACAGUCGCUAAUGUAGAAAAACCGACCGUGAUCACGGCCGCGAAAAAAAUUUCUUACGUAAAUUAUGUACCAAGAAAGUGGUCAACAGAGUCCGGAUUUUCUACUGACGAUUUUGGAGACCCAGUUAUUGCUGAUGGAAAGAAAAAUACCUCACCGGAACGAAAAGAGAAAAUUCGAGGAGGGCCAAAGAUGCUACCAAAUAACAAUUUGUUGUCUUCUCUGAUGACAUUCACCGAUGACUGCGGGAAAACUAAAAUGCAGUUAUUCUACGAACGUGAGAAGAGAAAUUUGAAUAACCGCAUUCAUCCCGUGAUCGAUUCAACCUCCAAAAUGCGUAACUUUUGUUCGUCAUGUGGAAGCAAGAGCGGUUGGUACAGCCAGCAAAAUAUCCAGGACGACCUAUUGUCUACGCCUGAUCAUAUCCGGAACUUGAGUCUUACCGAAGACUUGGAGCCGCAAAUACGAAGCAAAAUGAUAGAUCUUUAUCAACAGCAUGCUUUAGUGAGCGCCUUCCUACCAAAAAUAGUCCUGAAUCAUUUGAGCAAAAAUGUUGCCCACAGUGGGGAAGUGGGUGUUGAAGAACUGGCACAACUUCACAAGCUCUCAAAAGCACUUUCGUAUGUCGUGGACGUCAUUCGAAGUGUAACUUCUGAAGAUGGACUGCAAAUGUGGUGGCGCUGCUUUAGUCCGAAGCGGAAGCUGGAGGUUCUUGAUCAAACCUCCGCAGAGUUGGACAACGACGGAGCUGGACCUUAUGACAUUGGCCCCGAAGAGCCGCAGCGUUUGUAUCUAAGUGAAUCCAAAUAUUACUACGGACAUCCUGAUGAGAAUGAAAUUGUUGACACCUCAGGCAGUCGCUACGAGGGACUUUGCAGUGACGAUGAAGAUCGGACACUAAACGUGAAACUAAAAGUUAGGUUUGACGAUGCUCGAGCUGUCGCACACACUUACACUUAGUUGUUUUUCUUUUCGAUAUUUGUUUACUCUGAUUUCCUAAAUUUGUUCAUGAAG